AUGCUGCUUAAAAUAUACGACUCUAAAGAGCCAGUAUGGGUUUAUUUAGAAAGGGAAAUGAGGGAAAACAUUGAUAAGAAGCCUUAUAAUGAGAAAGUCGGCCAGUGGCUUCGGUAUUUGAAGGAAUUAAAAUAUUUUUUCUAUUGCGAAGAAAAACGAAAAUUUAAAAGAUUAAAUCGCGAAGUUGGACCACCUUGGUAUUGUGAAUUAUCUAGCACCCAGAGAGAAGUUCUUAAUGGUCUAAAAUCAAAUAUUCACCAAGACUUGCUUGAAGAUAUACCGUCCAGAAUUCGUAAAUCCUUAUCUGAUCUUGGAGUAACUUUAAAGAUCCCCAGGAAAAUAUUAAUGACGGCUAUGAAUGAAUCUGUUGAGGAUCCCGGCGUAUUCAUAUGGAACCUUUAUACGGCGUACUAUAAAAAAUCUCCAAGUGAAAUGCGACCUAUAUACGACAUGAAUGCCAUGAUUUUAAUGUCAAGUUUAGUGUUCGUGGAUUUAUCUGAAUGCAUCGACGAACUUGACAAGUUGACUCAUACAUCGCCCUCACCAACCGAAGUUCAUGAGAAAAAAGUCCGAAAAAAUACACAGCCGAAUAUUCGCUAUGGUGAAUAUUUACAAAAAUGUUACGUACCAUGCUACUGCACCCACUCAAGUAAGAAAAAAAUUUCUGAUAAGCCUAAACCUCUUGGAUAUAAAGUUAGACUUCGUAGUAUUGCGAGCUACGAGAGACUUUGCAAGGACCUUAAAUUUCUCGAAAAGCGUAAAGACAGAAACAAAAAAGAACAACAGGCAGAACGAGUUUGUAAUUAUAAAUUUUGGGAACCACCUAGUACACUUCGUAAUACAAACGCCAAAAGCGUGGCUUACGCAAAUAAACUGAAAAUGAUAAAAAAGAAAGCCAAACCCAAGUUUAAAGCACCUUAUAACCACGUUCAAUAUCAAGUGGCUGGAGUAUCAUAUGUUAACAAUCAACCUCAAUAUCUUUUAAGCAACGUUGCUGUUCUCGGAACUGGCUAUGUACCAAUCAAUGGUGGAAUUGCUUUAUUCAAUGGGGAAACCAUAAACAUAACUAUUGGUCAUUGGAAAUUUCCACGAGCUGUCAGUGAUAUAUGUGAUGCAAAAUGUGACUGUGUAACUAAAUGGGAAAAUUCAGUAAUGGACUAUUUAAAAAAGUCACGAUGCAAAUGCGGUCAUCUGUAUGAUUUGCAUCACGUUGGGAAACCAGAAGCGAAAUAUUUCUAUCCACCAAGCAAACACAGCCCCUUUUGGGUUGAUUACGCCAAGAUAUACCAGUUAGAUCCAAUGGAGGAUUUCAUUAAGGAUACCGUUAGAGAAUGUUUAAUGUCUACUGAGCCCACGCCUCAGCCUUCAAUGCCUACGAUAUCGCCUGCGGGUUUAAAAUUAAAAGAUUUGCUGGCGGCAUUUUUAGCGGAGUUAUCUAAUACGCCACUUUUAAUACCACAUUUGCCCCAAGCAAAUUUAUUAGCGAAUCUGCAGGAAUGGGUUAGACAACGAAUAAAGGGUAAAUUAACUCAGAAAGAUACUGCUAAAUUAUUACUUCAAACUCAACGCAGAUGGCUAGACCUGAAACAAAUUGAUUUUACAGCACGAGCAUAUAGAAUACCAUUCACACUUAAACAUAUAAAGCAUAUCAAUUGGUCCCAUAGGUGUAUGGUGCAAAACUUGUUCCACAUCCUAUUAAACGAUUUCGUCACAAGAAACAGUAUAAUGCAAUUAAAACAGACCAGAUUAUGGUGGCCAACCACAAAAUACGACGCAUACCGUAGUCCUGAAUCGUUUUUGGACGUAUUCUUUACCUACAUGCCAGGACGUAUGAAAGACAUCUGCCUCGUCAACCCAUAUAGCUCGGAAGUUACUCCGAAAUAUGGAGCUAAAACAUGUCCUUUAUAGAAAUCAAUCUAUACUGUGUGCGCGUGACAGUUUCUUUAUGACGUUCACAAUACGUACUGUUAUCGUGAUUAUAUUAACGUACCGUAACGAACUGUCACCCGCACCAUGCUAAAGCACACGAACUAUAUUGUGUAGGUAGUGUUGGUGUAAGGCUGUUUGU